AUGUGGCGUCGCGUCGGUUUGCUCACUUUCUUCACUGGGGCUGCUGCUCCUUCCAGCUCCGCCUCAAACGCCGCACACCUCACUAUGAUGGUGUCCAAACAAUCGGUGGAAAGUACUUCGGAUACUUCCACUUCAUCACAAGAUGUAGAUGCAGGAACGGUGUCAGCUUUCGAAGACGCUGGUAGCUCCUCCUCAGCUGCCGGUGCUGUCGAAACUGUUGGUAGCACGACUACGACCGAUCAAACCGGUAGCGCUGGCAGCUGGCACAUGACCGCAGUCACUUCGGUGCAAGCUCGUGUCCAAGGCGACGCCCCCGUGUGGAACGAAGACGCCAAGAUGUGGCUGUCCAAGUUUGGCGACACGACGGAACUCGCGUACAUGAACAGCUUGGACACUGUCAACACGGCGUCAGUCGAAGGCGCUCUGAUGUUCGUGCAGGCUGAAGGCAUCAACGUGAACGAGCAGUCGGUCAAGUGUGAGCGCAAGAACAACAUGCAGUACGUGGUGUUCUACGAGGUGACGAUUGUGCAGCCGACGUACGGCAUCAAGUACUACGAGGACCACACGCCUCCUGAGUACGGCGAGUUCGUGGCCAUGGACAGCGCCAAGUGCACGGACGAGGGCAGUGACUUGACCGAGCACUGCAAAGUGUACAACGGAUUGGACGGAGCACCGGACAUUGGCCCAAUGGUCGGCGCCAACCUGCAGACGGCGGAUCGACGGGCGCCGUACCCUGACAAUUUCUGGUUCUCGUACCCGGGCUCCUGUGCACAAGAGCUGCGGGAAGACAAGACCGACGAGUGUCGUGCCGAGUAUCCUGGCGGGUUGUGCGCCAUGGGCGUCCAGCCUGACGGCGAGAACUGCACGUUCAGCUACAAGAUUCUUGGCUACCUGAACAUUGACGACCUGGUUGGUAUCACCGAGAUGGGUUACGGUAACUUCACGGAGUUUUGUGCCGACGGCGGUGUGGAAUUCAAAGCUUCGAACACUGGGAGUGGCUUUGAGGUGGAGGAGUCGAUCGAGUUCUGGAAAAACCCGGGUGACGAGAACGCCAAUUCAAACCGGACCGACAUCAUGGUGGAGAUGUACAACAAGCUGGCGAGUAACGGGACAAGCUCCAACAUGGAACCACUUCCAUCGAUUGACGAGCUGACGUCGGCAAACCCGAAGUGCUACGAGAACAGCAAGGCGUGCGCGACCUCCCAAUACGGCUGCAACCGGACGUUGUACGCGCAGAUCUGUACAGUGUGCUCAUCCCAAGCGGACGGCUGUGAGGCUGCUCCGUCCGCGUUCUCGUUCCCAGAGCUGACACUGCCUUCCAACUCUUCUAACAGCUCAAACCCGUCAAGUGAUGGUACAUCGGGAAGCUUGGUGACGCCGUCAGCGGCAUCGGUCCUUCUGGGUCUUGUAGCGGUCCUUGCUAGCAGUCUCCUGUAA